AUGGGUAUUAUAAUACUUACAUAUACAACACAGGACAUUCUUCGGACCCAAUUCGACCAAUCACCUUUUGCGCAAGAGUUAUUGUCAAAUACCAAGCGACAGUCGCCUACAAAACUUGUCGUUUUUGACUUUGACUCGACACUCUUUCUCUCGCCAGGACUCAGCCCUUCAAUCUGGAAUCAACUUUUCAUCACUAACUUGACUAGCGAAAAUUUGCUUGGGCCUGGAUGGUGGAGAGAUAUACGUAGCCUGAAAGUUGGGGAUGAAGAAGAACUCAAACGCACAGCCUGGGAAGGCUUUUGGAAUGAAAAUAUAGUUUCAAAUGCCCGCAAAGCAAUAUCCGAUCCAUUAACUAUGACUGUUGUAUUAACUGGCCGUCGGUUCCAUCCUUUUAAUAAGGUGGUAUUACCCAUGUUAGAAAGUAAAGGCCUUCAAUUUGAUUUGGUUGGGCUGAGGCCAGAUCCAAUAAGGCCAGAUACAGGCGCCAUUGUGGAUCCAUUGCGUGGCGAACUCGUCUUUAAUUGUCAGCCGUCAAUAUUUACUUCUACUAUGUCGUUCAAGCUGGCUUUCUUACGCAAUAUUUUCAGCCGUGUGCCUAGCUUAUGCUCGAUUACAAUGUUUGAUGACAGAAUUGGACACGUCAAGAAAUUUUCAGCAUUUGUGAAACAAUUAAAAGACGAGAGAAUCAUUAAGAAUGGCAACGUGGUUUAUAUAAAAGGCAUCAGGCCAAAAUACAAUCCAGAAUGGGAACAUAAUGUUGUUCAAAGUAUACUGGAUUCAUACAACAAGAUAUGCCGAGAAAAGGGUCUAGAGAGAAUGAAAGUGUCUCUCACAGAUGUACCAUCAGGCAUCAUUAUCAAGUUAACUAAAAGCACGACAGAAAGUCUUCUUUCAUCAUACAACGAUAUAUACCAGAACGCCAUUAGCAGCAGACGACAAAAACAUCACGUAUGGGGAGAGCAGCCAGAGUACUUUGGAAAUAUGGUUAUUCUUAAUACUCGCCUGCCAGCGAGCAACUAUACACCGUUUGGAGGGAUAGGAAGUAAUGUGGACAUCACAGUUAUUGCUUAUUCAAAACCUUCAAUUGAACAAGGCAUGAUAUUGAAAGUAAACCUAAAACAAGCCAACGAAGAUUAUUAUCCAUCACAUACAUACAUUCUUCCUUUGUGGAACAAGCCGUCUGAACAACAGAAUUUGAUUAGAGCUAAGUACAACUGGAUAAAUCUGGAGGGACCUUUGUAUUUGAAAGGCAAGAAUGCAUCAAUUCGCCAUAAUCCAGCGUACAUUAAUAUGAGAAGACAAGAGGUCGACAUCAAAUAG